GCCAAUUUGAGGGAUUUGGUGUGUUUUUCUUAUUUCCAAAUCAAUGAGUUCAUUUUGGAUUACCAACGCACAAGAAAAACUAGCAAUGUAACUCUUAUUUAGAUUUGUAGUCUAAAAUUAAGUAGUCUUUCAAUGCACCUUGACAGUAUACUAAAUAAGCUCAGGCCUUUCAAGUUCUGCUGCCCUUUCGAUGCUCGUACGGGGAAGCGGAUUACAUAUAAUUUCCUUGGCCAACAUUGAGUAUAUAUGAGUUGCCUUCCAAGUUCCAACAAUUCUUAUCUUCUCAAUAGGUACAGACAGUCUGUUAAGCUUAAUUAAAUACAGGUCUUGAACUUCAAUACAAUCACCACAUUGUAACAUGGAGAAGAAUCAAGAAUCCCCUAUUUGCUUGAAGCUUUUGAUAGACGAGAAGAACAACCGAGUCCUGGCGGCAGAAGCAAACUCGGAUUUCGUGGAUAUACUCCUCAGCUUCCUCACCAUCCCCAUGGGAACCAUAAUCAGACUCACCAGCAAAACAGAUGCGGAAAAGGCAGGACCAGUGAAUAUUGGGUGCAUGACCAAGUUGUACCAUGCUUUUGAAAACCUCACCCCAGAAAACUGGAAGACGAAACACUGCAGGACCAUGGUGUUGAACCCCAGAAAUGCGCUGGCUUAUUCUUGCAGGAAUUUGAAGAUCAAUGUUGAUGAUUCUGGGUCCGAGGUGACGUACAUGUGUAACCAGAACAAGUGUUGGAGCAAGUACAAAAAUGUCGCUUGCAAGUGUGGGCAUGGUUCGAGGACCAAUACCAUAUUUGCUUUAAUUAUGGCAGAUAGCAAACCUGAUUCUGAGCCUGAGCUCGAGGGUGCAUUUCUCAAGUGGGGGAUGAUGAUGUUCAUUGUCACUGACAAUUUACAAAUCAGACCUUCUUCCCCAACUGUUCUUGCUCAGGUUCUAUCCAAUCUUGGUUCCAGCGAAAUCAACCUAAUCAAGGAGAUGCCUGUACAUGUUAGUAAGCAGCAGGUACCACAACUAAUAUCUCCAACACUUCCAAUAAUUAAUCCGGGUAAUCCGCCUGCUUGCAUACUCAAUGGUUUCAAAGUCUCCUCUGUCUGAUGUGUUUCUUGACACUCCCGUAAGACCAAAUGUAGGAGCUUUUAGCGUACAUUCGGAAACCCAGAAACCUGUGGCAUCCUCAACAAAUGGUUUUGUAGAGAAACCGGAGGGAAAUGCUCAGAAGUUGAAUCUGAAUUUGACGUUGAACAAAUCUACGAAAGAGAUAUUGUUUGCAGAAGCCACCACGGACUUCUUUGAUUUCCUGUGUACCUUUAUGACCAGCCCAGUCGGAUCAAUGUUAUUUCUUUUGAAAGGGAAUUCUGGGUUAGGCUGCUUGGAUGACUUGUACAAAAGUAUGGUGGAGUUGGAUAUUGAAUGGUUUAAUUCGAAAGCUUUGAAGGCGACCUUAAUCUGCCCCAAAGUUGCAAAGCACCAUAAUUGCAAGAAACAGCCUCUAAAUUUGGAGGAAAAAUGUCCAUGGGAGAGUCUGAUAAUUGACCCCAGGCAGAGUGGUAGCUUCUCCAAAGAACCUUUAAAGUUCAUAAUUUUAGAUGACUUGGAAGUGAAGCCUCUGUCUUCUGCAUCAAGCUUUAGCAUUCUCAAGGAACUCAAAGUCCCCAUCACUGAGAUUGAGCAGCAAGCACUCACGGUUAACAUGGAAGAGGAACCGUCUCAAAUGGUGGUGUCCGGAUAGAAGAUCGUGUCCAUUCGGCUGCAAUUUUGUAAGCUAAGUAAUUUUGUUACGUUAGCUAUCGUUGCAUUCUUGCAUACAGUUGCAGGCAUUGAACCUUCUGAAGGCGGCACUUACAUCCCCAUCAGGAGCUCUGACAAAUGGCUUAGGCCGCUUCUUGCCGAAGCAUAAGGCAUAGUGCCAGUUAAUCUCGCGAAAUCUUCUAAGCUAGAUCUUGAUAUGCAAGAAACUAAGUUCAUUUCAAUGUAUCUGGUAUUCUUGUAUGCCUGUGAUCUCGAGCACUCCAGUACCUUCUAUUGUUAAUUUAUUUCUGUUUAUCAAU